CCUGUUGAGGGCGGGCUAUCAAAACAGAAAACAUGGCAGAUCAGCUACCACAGGUUCUAGAUUCCCAAAUACCAGUAGAUAUCACUGCUACAAAUUCAAAUGAAUCUAAAGAUGAGACUGAGAAAAAAUUACAAGAAAAUACCAAAGAAAUUGACCCAGAAUUAGAUGAACUUUUAGACAGUGUACUUGGAGAUUUGGAACAGGCACCAGAGAAAAAGCAGAGUAAAAAUGUAGUCUGUGACCCUCCCCCUGCCGUUAAAAACAAGGCCAAACCUGUCGUCAAUUGCAAACAGGAAACAGAAGCUGUUAUAGAACCAAAAGAUGAAAAAUCAUCAAAGGCCAGGGGGCCUACCAUACCUCCUACAGAAGAAGCUUUCUUCAAUGAACUCUUCAAUUCAGAAAUGUCUCAAGAGGCGAGCAAGGAGUUUGAGAAUGCAUUACAAGAUUUUAUGAAGGACAUGGGUGGGGUCAUGGGCGGGGCUAAUGAGGGUAAUCCAGCAAUGCCAGACUUUUCAAAGAUGUUUGGAGCACAGAGUUUUCAGGCCCCUGCAUCAGGAACAGAUCAGUCAGGGUCAGCUGGUGAUUCAGCAUCUUUACCAAGAAAUCCUGCAGAUUUGUCACAGACUUUAGGAGAAACUUUUCAAAGACUAUCACAAACAGCUCAAGAGUUACAGGGAGAUGCAUUUUCAGAGGAAGAAAUGCUACGUUCCAUGGGAAGUCUUAACCUGGGGGGUGAUGGUCCUGGUGAGGGUGGGGUAGAAUCAAUGUUCUUCCCCAUGAUGCAAGAGAUGAUGCAGGGUCUCCUAUCAAAAGAGGUGCUUUACCCAUCUUUAAAAGAAAUUGUUAGCAAGUAUCCAGAAUGGUUGGAGAAUAACAAGUCAUCAUUAGAAGUAUCCGAAUUUAACCGUUACAGCAACCAGCAUCAACUCAUGGAUCAGCUCUGUGUCAUCUAUGAAAGUGAGCAGUCAACUGAUGGACAAGAGGUGAAACAGCAGAGGUUUCUCAAGGUCAUUGAACUUGUACAAAAGAUGGAGGCUCUUGGGCAACCACCAAAAGAAUUAGCUGGUGAUAUGCCGUUGGGAUUAGAUCUUAAUGAAACAGGUUUACCAAACAUACCAGGAAUGCCUUCUGGGGAUCAGUGUGUCGUCAUGUGACUUUGUGGGAACGUCAAAUGGCUGAAUUACAAGCAAUCACUUAGAUUAGGUGGAAGCAGAAACUAUGGGGGCUGUCAGCUACCUGCGAUCAAUGCUGAGAUUAAUGCUGAGACACAUCCAAGCCACCAUAAAAUCAGUAUGAUGAUCAAAAUUUAUCCUGAGUUGGAUAUGAUAUGAUUGGUUUAAAAUGAUCAUAUUAUAUAAUUAAAUGAUUUCACUGGUAAAAGUAUGAUCAUAUGAUAAUGCAUGUUAAUUUCAUUUGUAAUAUGAUUUUUUUUUUUUUGUUAAAAGGGAUCUUGUAAAUGAUGUUAUGAUAAUGUAUAAUUUAAUUUGUUAAUUAUGAUAAUAAUUAUAAUUCAUUAAAGAUGUUCAUAUAGUGUUAUCAAAUGAUGUGAUUGGUAAAAUAGAAUCAUAUGAUAAUCCAUGAUUUGUUAAAAAUAUUGCAAUAUACUCAUUAAUUUUAAUAUUUCAAUAUUUUUGAUAUAAUGAUAAUCAUAUUAUUUUUUAUGUUAUCAGCUACAGUGUAUCACUGUAUAUCAGAAAUUAUUUAUAACUAUUGGGGUUUUUCCUAAUAAUAAUAAAAUUAACAUUUUUAUUUUCUAAGACAUGUAGACUAAAGUAAGUUGAAAUUUGAAUAACUGUUUGUAUUAAAGUAAAUUAAAAUUUCACCCUAUCUACAAACUAGAUGAAAUUUUUCAAACAUGGUUUUGAAAUGUAAUUAUUUGCACAGUUUUAUAUUCAUGGAGGUUCCACUCUUGAAAAAGGUCUUUUAUUAUUUGUGGUUCUUGUAGUCAUAGUGACAAUAUCACAGUUUAAAUUGAAAUUGAUUGGUCAGUUUGAUAUGGAACGUGAUUGGUCAGUUUGGCGCAAUCAGUUUCCAAUACAGUGAGUUAUUGUGCAACACUGUCUCAUAUUUUGUUAAUUUUAAAUAUUAAUGACAUGUGAAAUAAUAAAUUAUAUGAUACAGAUAUUUAAGAAAGAUCCAUGCUAUUUUUGGUUUGUUUUUUUUUUUGUCUCACUACUCAAUAGAGUCCCUUUUUUCUCAUUUUCCCAUGGAAACGUAAACCUGGCACAUACUUUUCUCAUUAUAUCUUUCAUAUUUUUCUCUCGCGACUUUCGUAAUCGUCUUUAGGCCCUAUAACCUAUUUGCCUUAUUUCUCUUAAGUUAUCAUUUUACGUGUUUUCUCAAAGAUUUCUCAUGUUUCUCCACUUCCCAUACACUGUGUCUACACAUUUGUUUCUCUGUGUAUUUCACUUGUGUCCUUGGGCAAUGCACUUUAACAGGAGUGUCUCUCCAUGUAUAUCUGGUAGGAUGGUAUGGUAUGGCAUUGGAUGUACUAGUCCAUUUGCAAUAAAUUGCAGCAUCACUUUGUGUACUCCCCGGGAGUGGAGAAGGUUGCACGUUGUGCCAAUUGUCCAUUAUGUAGAUCCAUUCGAAAUACGCAAUAAUAACAAUGCCAACGCCUUGCAUCUCUUACCUUAAAAUGUAGUAUAUAAUUGCUAUAUUAUUUUUAUUAUUAUUUAAUAAUUGUCCUUUAAUGCGAUAUUAAUCUUAGUUUAUGGCAUAUUUAAUUGCAUUUUAUAUUCAUGAUUUUCAGACAUGACAGAUAUUUUCCAACAGAAUAAUUAGUCUUGGCAGCACUUGUUAGAAUGCCAUCCAUAUCUGCGGGCAAUGUAUACAAAGUUUUAUUGUUGACACACUAGUUUCCAGUUAAUGGAAUUAAAAUUCACGAUUUAA